AUGCCCUUCACUGGUGCUGGCGACCAUAGCCUCCUGCCCGUGUCUGCACCUUUCCUCACACACAACGCUCUCAACACAUCGUCGGAUUCGACAUCGGUUGCAACUCCAGGCGCUCCGACUUGGCCUCCUUCAGCCGCCUCUUCUACGCCCACUCUGGAAAGCUCGGCAGCUGUACCUAACUUGCUCACCGACACUCAUCUCGUCUCGUCGCCACCCACUAGCCAUGCUACCUCUUUCUCGAGGACACGUUCGUCGCCGCUGCGACCAUCGUUAGCAGCCAAUGUGCUCGAUAGCCCUACCGGCAACCGUGACGUCGCAAAAGCGGCUGCCAUGCCUCCCUCUGUGGUGACAGGACUGUACGUUGCCAACAGCGACCCAGAGGAUGACGAGCAUGAUACCCAAUCGGAUGGAGCAGAAACGUCGCCGAAAUCCUCUCUUUCGUGCUCGCCAGAUCGCUCAAGCAAGAAGGAAGGCGUUGCUGCUGCUGAGCUUACUGAUGGCUCCUCUUUGAGAGAUUACAUAGAAAUGCCAUCCUCCUUGCCGUCAACCAUGCAACCACGUUCGACACCUAGCUCGAGCAAAAAUCCAAAUCCAAAGAAGCAUCGUCCGGGCUCUGAUGCAUCUGACACGGGCGAGACAUCUGCUCCGAUAGACGUAGAUGACGAUGCUGCAUAUGCUGCUGCCCUUGCAGCGCAAGAGGCGACGCUUGCCCGUCGUCGUCCCACCCGAAGUGCUCGUAAGCAAGUCAGCUACAGUCCGAGCUACGAUCUUGAUGGCCGACCGCUUCAGUCAAAGAGACCAAAGGAUCCUGCAGUGUCAUCAUCCACUGUUUCUGCUUCCAAGUCUAGAACUGCAUCCAAAGAGACUUCUACUGCUCACAAUGCGAAGACCAAGCGCACAUCGAGGGCAUUCUCAGACAAUGGUGAGCAGGGGGAUGCGGAUGAGCACCUCAGAUCUCAACCUAGCUCGUCAGCCAAGUCAGAUCAGCACAUUCGAUCAGAAGUCGCAGCAAAAGUCGAUGCCGAUCUCACAGAUGAUGAUGUUGGUUUCAAGGCGCCACGCCGUAAGAAGCCCAAGGACAGUAAGCAUAUUUCGGUGAUCAGCGAUGAUGAAAAUGAGGAGCCAGCAAGUCGGUCAACUAGACGUAGAACAACAAAGGCGGAUCGAUGUACAAGCCGAGAAAAGGCAAACGACGACGUUCUGAUUGUGGAUGAUGAAGAGUCGGAUCGUGAUGGUGAUGCCUUGAUACUUUCAGCUCCCACCUCGGUGCGUCGAUCGUCGCGCAAAAGCGCUCCCACGCCCAAGAAGCAGCGAGAGAAGGGGAAAGGCAAGGGCAAGGCGAAGCAGCAAAAGACGUUCAACCUGCAACACCAGGGCGAGGAUGAAGAGGAGCUGCCGGAUGUAUCGGAAGAAGUUGACAUGGGUGAUGUGCAAAAUCUCGAACAGCCGAUGUCAAGCAUUUCAGGCCAAGACGUUGUGUCUCAAGAGGAGGUGCAGGACGAAGCUGCCGAGGCAGCUACUAUCGCUAUGCCGCUCGCUUCAUCGACCCCGUCCGGAACACGCUCUUCAGCGUCUCCUAUUCCAACGCUUGCGCCCAACACAACACACUCUGAUUCCACACCACACACGGUCGCCAUCAAGAGAAUCUGCACAGGCUCUAGCUCCAGUUCUGGCUCCGGCUCCAGCACCGCAUCGCCCACGCUUCACGCUCCAUCUGCCAGUGGCGCUGCACGCUCGUUCUUCGGCAAACCGCUGACGAUGUUGCUCUCGACCAGUGCAGCAAGACGACCCGGUUUGACGCGCAAACACAACAUCCCGUCGCUGCUGAGCCAUCGCGGAGCACCGAAACCUCCUGUUCGUGGGCUGGCCGUGUCGAAAAGAAGAAUGCAGGACGACGAUUACGAGUACGAUGCCGAGUACGAGGCAUUGAUCGCGAAGGACAAGACGGCAAGCGAUGACGAGCACACUGACGCGGACAGGCAGCCGAACGAUGACCAAGUGGAGGAAGAGGACGCCGACGUGCAAGAGUAUGACUGA